ACUAGGCAACUCAAGAUCAUCCAAUUCCAGCAGCUCUUCGUACCACAGGACGUAUCCAGCAAGGAGAUUUUACACACAAUCCCAACCUUACCAGCAGAGGAGACGAUAAAUUCAGUUGAAAAUGUUAAGGAAACUAACGCACCCACUGGCCUCGGACCUUACCCUGGUGGCAGGAGUGUUAUCAGGCAGAGCUUUAAGAAAAAGAAUCUGGAAGAAACCACAAUAGAUAUUAUGACAUCUUCGAUAACAGAGAGUACGACAAAACAGUACAAUACAAGUCUCCAAUAUUGGUGGAAUUUUUGUAAAGACAAGGAACAGGAUCCAUAUUAUGCAGAAGAAGAUAUUGUUAUUAACUGCCUGACAAAGAAAUUUAAUGAAGGAGCAGCAUACGGCACCUUGAACACACUCAGAUCUGCUAUAUCCUUGAUAAAUCAACAUGACAACUCAAAUAGCUCAUUAAUUAAUAGAUUUUUUAAAGGCGUAUACAAACUAAGACCUACUGCACUAAAAUACUGCAGUACGUGGAACGUGGAUGACGUGUUAGAUAUGUUAGAGACUUGGAGUCCAUUAGAAUCUUUAAAUCUACAGAAUCUCACUUUAAAACUAGUCAUGUUAUUAGCACUGGGGUCAGCAUUUAGAGUACAAUCACUAGCUCUUAUUAAAUUAAACAAUAUAAAGAAAUUACCUAGCGGAAUAGAAAUAAGGAUUUUAGAUCUCAUAAAAACUUCAAAACCAGGAGCAGCACAGCCAUAUGCCUUUUUUCCUUUCUUUACAGAAAGGACAUCGCUGUGCAUUGCAAGAACAUUAUUAUAUUACAUGCAAGCUACUAAAGAUAUUAGAGGUGAUACACAAGAAUUAUUUAUCUCUUUCAAGAGACCAUACAAGAAGAUAUGUUCUCAAAGUAUUAGUAGAUGGCUCAAGACAGUCAUGAGAGAAGCUGGUAUAUCAGAAGAAUUUACAGCCCAUAGCACGAGACAUGCAUCUACAUCUAAAGCUGUAAAUCAAGGAUUAGAUAUAAGCAUUAUUAAGAAUGCAGCCACCUGGUCAGAAAAGUCCAAAGUUUUUAGUAAAUUUUAUAAUAGACCAAUUAAGGGUAAUGAAAGAAAUUUUGCUGAGACUGUUUUUUCAUAAUAAUUUUUGUUCUAAGAAAGAAAUUUUAUAAUGAAUUUUAAGUAGCAUUAUAAUAUUUAUAAGAAAGAAGCUUAAAGGCUGAUUGAACUAAAGAUGUUAGUUAUAAGAUGUUACAUUAUUUAAUAAACUUUUAAUGAGUUGUAAUUUAAAUAAAGAAUUUGAAAU